GGUAAAAAGAAGCAUCAGUUAAAGGAGCAGGAGGAUCUCCAGAGAAAAUUGAUAGUUGCUGUUGUUGCAACUGCAGCUUCAACAUUUACCCUUGUUGCAUGCUCUUCUGUUGUUGUCUAAAGUGCAGUAGGAACAGAUCGGGCUCUAGAGAUGCACGUAAAGAUGAGAGACCUCUUCUUGACUUAAGCUCAAGUAGUUUCUCUGAUGUUCCUCCCUCUCCUGGACCACCACCACCACCUCGUUCUGGCCCUCAUGCGCCACCACCUCCUAAAGAUGGUCCUCUUAUGCCACCUAAAUCAAAACCUAUGCCUCCCAUACCACAUGAUCGUGGUAAUAGUGCUGCUAGUAGUGGGGGUGAGGCAUCUGGUGAAUCUGAUGCUUCAAAAACCAAGUUGAAGCCAUUUUUCUAGGACAAGAUAAGUCAAUGCGUUAUUUUCUUUAAUUGGUAACAAUAUUAGGAACGCAAGUUGAUUCAUACCUGGGUAAAUGCAUGUAUCUAUUUCCUUUGGUUUACUUUUUUGGUACCUCAUCUAGUUUCUGUUUUGAACCUUGGCACCCUUAGUAACUGCUUUCUGAUAGUUCGUUCCUCUGUUAUUACAGAAAAUAAUUAGUUAUAGAAUUU